CCAAAUUCCAAAACGUAAAAACCAAACGGACCAACAGUCUUUGCUCCAUUUUCCUUCCAAUUAUCGCCUCCAGAAUUCACGUUUUCGGUUUUUUUUUCUCGUCGAUUUGGUUGAAUCAAUGCGAUUUCUUGUUUGAAGUUCGGAAAUCGGCUGCAGAAUUGAAUCGGUUUUUGCGAUUAAGUUUCUGUUCAUCUGAAUGCUCGAGUUCUUGCUUAUGCUCGAAGCAUCAAAUGCGAGUUUGGAACUGAAGUGAACUUGAUAAGCAGGAUUUCGACUUGCUAUGGCGUCUGAAAUGAUUGUCGAAUCAGGCUCGUCGAUAAUAGAUUUUGGGAUGGAGUUAGUCGCGGAUCAUACUUCGGUGGUUUCUUUAAACUUAUUUGUAGCUCUUCUUUGUGGUUGCAUUGUUGUUGGUCAUUUGUUAGAGGAAAACCGAUGGAUCAACGAGUCCAUUACAGCCCUUGUCAUUGGGUUGUGUACCGGCAUCAUCAUAUUGCUAACAACAAGAGGGAAAAGUUCGCAUUUAUUUUUGUUCAAUGAAGAGCUUUUCUUUAUCUAUCUCCUUCCGCCUAUCAUUUUCAAUGCCGGUUUCCAGGUCAAGAAGAAGCAGUUUUUCCGCAACAUCAUGACCAUAGUGCUUUUUGGUGCUUUUGGCACUCUCAUAUCCUUCUGUAUUAUAUCAUUAGGCGCUUUGCACUUCUUCCAGAAAAUGAAUAUUGGUUCUCUUGAUCUUGGAGAUUAUCUUGCUAUUGGAGCUAUUUUUUCUGCAACAGACUCUGUUUGUACCUUACAGGUUCUUAAUCAGGAUGAGACCCCUCUCCUGUAUAGCCUGGUUUUUGGGGAGGGUGUUGUAAAUGAUGCCACUUCUGUUGUGCUAUUCAAUGCAAUCCAGAACUUUGAUCUGUCUCACAUGAAUUCAAGCAUCAUUCUGCAAUUCAUUGGGAACUUUUUGUAUCUGUUCAUUGCAAGUACCGUGCUGGGAAUUUUAGUUGGCCUCCUUAGUGCAUACAUAAUUAAGAAGCUCUACUUUGGCAGGCAUUCUACUGAUCGUGAAGUUGCUCUUAUGAUACUCAUGGCGUACUUUUCUUAUAUGCUAGCUGAACUCUUCUAUUUAAGUGCAAUUCUCACCGUAUUCUUUUGCGGUAUUGUUAUGUCUCACUAUACAUGGCAUAACGUAACUGAAAGUUCCAGAGUUACUACAAAGCAUGCUUUCGCCACUCUUUCUUUUGUUGCUGAGAUCUUUAUCUUUCUUUACGUUGGCAUGGAUGCUCUUGAUAUCGAGAAGUGGAGAUUUGUUAGCCACAGUCCGGGGAAAUCAAUUGGGGUGAGCUCAAUACUGUUGGGACUGGUUCUGGUUGGAAGAGCAGCCUUCGUUUUUCCAUUAUCCUCCUUGUCCAAUCUGACCAAGAAGUCCUCGCAUGAAAAACUCAACUUGGAACAACAAGUCACUAUUUGGUGGGCUGGUCUCAUGCGUGGUGCCGUUUCAAUGGCACUUGCAUAUAAUCAGCUUUUUACUUUUUCAUUUCUUUCCACACUUCUGUGUUUUGGCUUGGGGUUUGAGGGAUUUUGCUUUUUGUGGUUGAAUUCAGGUUGGUUUGAAAGAGAGAUGAUAAAGGAAAAAAAAAAAAAA